AUGCUCCAAGGCGAGAAAUAUCCCAUCUCCAUCCCCAUCCAUCAAAGUGGCCCGAGCCUCAACUGCCCUCUUGUCGAUAACCGCUGUGACCACUGCGGCGUGUCCAUCCUCGCUCAUCCAGAUAUCCAGAUGGACGAGAUCAUGUCCAGUAGAGACCACCAAGAAACGGCAGACGAGACCACACUGCCCCCUCCACCGUAUCAACUCAUCGGAGACGGGACGCCCCAUCCCACGCCGGUCCCGUCAGAGGUCGAGGGCCCAUCAGCUCCUCCCAGGCUAGAAGACGACGGGAUCCAGCCGUCCUCUGCCCUCGCUGCCUCACGCCGCAACCGCCGACGCCGCCGCCUGCGCAUCAGGAUCACCCUGAGGUUCAAGAUCGGCAGCGCCAGGGAGCGGGAGAAGACGGUGACAUUCUUGUGA